AUGUCACUCAAGAGUGAAGAGACAUCCACAAGCUCCGAUGUAUUCGUUGAGAUCCGCAAACCACAGGCGGAGGAACGACCUCGUACUGUUACUGCAUUCAUGAUGUCAAUAGAGCCAAAGCAAUGUAGCAAAAUCGUCAAGCAACUGGCUCAAGUACUCCCUUUGCCCGAAUCACUCGCACAUCUCAAGCGAGUUCGGAAUCCUCAAAAGAUGAAGAAGCAAGCUGAAUCUUUACCCAACAAUAACGACGAAAGUGAAAAGAAAAAACCAAAAAUGAUGCUUCAGGUACUGAUUGGACACGACAAAUCGGUGUCCUUGUCAUCAUUCUUGUCGUUCGAGCCAACCUUGGAAGAAGUUACGGUUCCAGGUCGACCACCAAAAUCCGAUGCCGAGUGGAAAGAAUUCAAUCAUAUUUGGCCUACCACAUUCCUACCGUUGCGAAGUGAAGAGCACCAUGAAAAAUUGUUGGCUCUGAAUCCUGACGAAAUUGAGCAAAUGACAAACAUUAUGGAGGAACAGGUAAGGUCCAAAAUGCAGGUCGUGGUGGUAGAUCCUACCGACGGUCGGGUGAUUUCCAAAUCCAAAGACGAAUAUGCUCUACAGAGAGCCGUUGGUGACAUAGACAACAAUCCAUUGGCCACUCCAGUUCUACUGGCGUUGCAAGGCGUCAGUCGAAUGGAACGACAAGCGGCUUCCAAAAAGUCCAAGGAUGAGUUUUCCAAGGGCCAGUAUCUGUGCACAGGUUACGACCUGUACGCACCCUAUGAGCCAACAAUCUUUGAAGCCAUGAGUUGUCUACAUCAUCGAUUACGACGCUUGGUCUACUGGGACGGAACAGAAAACCCCAACACGGUAUGGAGAAAUGGUUUGUCCAGGCACUACAUCCACUCAUUACCAGGCACCAAUCAUCGGUAUAGGUCCUUUCAGUACUUUCCUGGUUCCACGGACUAA